AAAAUACCAGCAGAAGUACAAGACAAAGUGUAAAAAAAAAAUGGGAGCAAUUGGUAACACCUUCCUCUCAGCAUCUAUCUUCACCUCUCCCCUUGAAAACAAUCUUCUGUUGUCGAAGCCAAAAAAUGCUUCCAUGAAAUCUUUGUGCGAUGUGGCCGUGGUUUCAAGAAAUCCCUCAUCAAAAUUGAGUAGAGUUUCUUGUAAAUUAAGUGGGAGCGGGAUUGAAGAGAAACCCACGAGCAAUAAUGGGGUGUCAAACUCCAAGAACAGAAUGGAAGAGUACAACACUGCGAUGAAGAGCAUGAUGAGAAACCCUUAUGAGUAUCACCACGAUCUAGGCAUGAACUACACAUUGAUAACAGAGAGUUUGAUCGUGGGCUCCCAGCCACAGAAACCUGAAGACAUAGAUCAUCUAAGAAAGGAAGAGGAUGUUGCCUACAUUCUUAACAUGCAGCAGGACAAAGACAUUGAGUAUUGGGGAAUAGACUUGCAGUCAAUCAUAAAAAGAUGUCAAGACUGUCAAAUCCGUCACAUGAGAAGGCCUGCAAAAGAUUUUGAUCCAGAUUCCUUGAGGAAUGGAUUACCUAAAGCUGUUUCAUCAUUGGAAUGGGCCAUUUCAGAGGGAAAAGGAAAAGUCUACGUGCAUUGUACAGCCGGACUGGGAAGAGCCCCUGCCAUUGCGAUUGCUUACAUGUUCUGGUUUUGUGACAUGGAUCUGAAUACGGCAUAUGAUACACUUACUUCAAAGAGACCUUGUGGACCCAGUAAAAGGGCAAUACGUGGAGCUACAUAUGAUUUGGCCAAAAAUGAUUCCUGGAAGGAGCCCUUUGAAAGUCUUCCUGGGCACGCUUUUGAGGGCAUAUCAGGUUGGGAAAGGAAAUUGAUUCAGGACCGUGUCCACUCCCUCCGUGGCACUUGAUAAUACCUGGAUUCUGAGCAGAUAAAUAUAGGAGUCCAGAAGACUUUUUCGAGGCACUAGUCUGAAGAAUGAAGAGUUACAGAUAGCACGGGGCAUAAACCCGUAAGUCAUCUUUGCCCUUUGUACCAAUUAAUUCAAGAACCCAAAUUUUCACAGAAGAAUAAGGAAAAUGAAAAGAUGGCCUCAACCCAUCGCCGUCAGUACAAGCACUAUACUGUAGCAAGUCUUUUAUGUAUGAUAUCCCAGCUGUCUACUACUUGCUGAUUUGCUAUCAUAUACCAUUCAAUUGGCCGAUAUUCGCACAGA